AUGCUGCCGCUCGCCUUGCUGGCCCCGGCCCUCGAAGCCGCCGCCGCCGCCGCCCACUCGCACGGGCUCCCCCCCCCCAGCAACCUCGUCACCUUUGGCGACAGCUACACCGACGAGGGGCGCUACUCCUACUUUGCCCAGCACGCCGCCGCGCCUCCCGUGGGCGCGCUCCUCCCGCCCAGCGGCAACACCGCCAGCGGCGGCUACUCCUGGGGCCGCCUCGUCGCCAACGCCACCGCCGCCAAGUACUACAACUACGCCGUCAGCGGCGCCAUGUGCACCAACAACUUCGACUCGAGGACCCUGGCCGCCAUCAACGCGCCCUUCCCCUCCGUGCUCGAGUACCAGGUGCCCGCCUUCGAGAGCGACGCCCGCAACCGCUCCCUGUACCCCGACCGCGCCGCCCGCAACACCGUCUACGCCCUCUGGAUCGGCACCAACGACCUGGGCUUCGACGGCCUCCAAGGCGACCGCCAGAAGCCCAACGCCACCGUCGCCACCUACCUCGACUGCGUGUGGUCCGUCUUCGACCGCGUCUACCGCGCCGGCGGCCGCCGCUUCGUGCUCCUCAACCAGGUGCCCCUGGACCGCGCCCCCAUGUACGCCGCCUCGUCCUCGGCAGGCAACCGGGCCAACACCAUGCUCCAGUACACCACCGCCGUCAACACCAUGUUCGCCUACGGCGCGCCCUUGCACGUCAGCCUGCGCCGGCGGUGGCCCGGCGCAACUCUCGCCCUCUUCGACGUCCAUUCUCUCUUCAUGGACGUCAUUGCUAACCCGGGAGGGUACUUGGAUGCGCCCGCCAAUGUCGCCAGCUCUUGGCGUGUCUGCGCGAGUACAUGUGUUGAUUCAAAAAGCCCCAAAUCGGUCUUCAUGUGGUUAGACAGCCUGCACCCCUCGGAGCGGAUGCACCAGAUUGUCGCCAAGAACUUCAUCUCGGUGGUCAACGGCCGCUCCAAGUACGCGACCUACUAUCUUUAG